AUGCUCUUGGAGAACGCGCUGGAAGGAAAAUCUCGGUGCAGAGUCAUUUUUACCAGCGAGGAGGCAGCUAGUCCAUCCCCGCCGCCCGAUGUGGCUGCGACCUCCAUCGCUCUCCCGGACACGCAACGGGAUGGAAAUGCCGGGAGCGGGGCUCAGCCUGGCUCCAGACGCCUCGGGGAGGAAAACACAACGAACAACUCCACGGGCCAGUCGCGGGCCGUCAUCGCGGCGGCUGCCCGGCGGCGCGACAACAGCCACAACGAGUAUUACUACGAGGAGGCAGAGCACGAGCGCAGGGUGCGGAAACGCCGCGCCAGGCUGGUGGUGGCGGUGGAAGAAGCCUUCACCCACAUCAAGCGGCUGCAGGAGGAGGAUCAGAAGAACCCCCGGGAGAUCAUGGACCCGCGGGAGGCGGCUCAGGCCAUCUUUGCCUCCAUGGCCCGGGCCAUGCAGAAGUACCUGCGCACCACCAAGCAGCAGCCCUACCACACCAUGGAGAGCAUCCUGCAGCACCUCGAGUUCUGCAUCACCCACGACAUGACGCCCAAGGCGUUCCUUGAGCGGUACCUGACAGCUGGGCCCACCAUCCAGUACCACAAGGACCGCUGGCUGGCCAAGCAGUGGACGCUGGUCAGCGAGGAGCCGGUGACCAACGGCCUGAAAGAUGGGGUGGUCUUUGUGCUGAAGCGCCAGGACUUCAGCCUGGUGGUGAGCACCAAGAAGAUCCCUUUCUUCAAGCUCUCGGAGGAGUUCGUGGACCCCAAGUCGCACAAGUUCGUCAUGAGGCUGCAGUCAGAGACCUCCGUGUGAGCUGAAGAGGGAUGGAGAGGGGUCGGGGAGGGGGGGAAGACCCUCUCUGCACCCCUCCGUCUCGUCCUCCCCGUCUCCGCCGGGGCUCAGGGAGGCCACGGCUCGAGGGCAGAACUGUGGCGGGCGCCGGGAAGCAGCACCCAUGCCCGGCUCCAUCACCUACCUGUGACCACUCGCCCUCCGCCUCGGCUUGGCCCCCGUUGGGGUGGGCUGAGCCCCUUCCUCCUCCUCUUACUCCUCCUCCUCCUCCUCCUCCUCCCGGAAACCCAGGUCCUUGUAGCAUCCCCCCAGAAGGCACAGCCGGCGGCAGGGCCAGGAAGGAGACGGCGUUUCGGUGCCAUAACUCAAGGGCUAAUUUAACUCUCCACGUUCUUCACCAGCGUCGUCAAGCACCAUCAGGUCCCAAGGACCUUCUGCUCUUGCUCGCUUUCUACCUGGCCGCUGUCCUGGCUCGGACCUUAAACCACCACCUGCCAUCUGGGGCUGGUUUUUAAUCUUAAGAGAUUUUGGGGAGGGGGGUGGGAAUAUUUUGCAAACACCUCGGUGAUCAGUGGCUGCU